ACCUAACCAGAACGAUGACUUGUCGUCAUUCGCUGCUGUGCGGGCCCGCCGCGAUGUAACGCGCAUAUUUCCCUGCCUCACGUCGUAAAUAAAUUACAUAAGUUGCCAGUGGAAACCCGCGUUGUAAUGGCGUGUCCGGUGGAGCAGCUCAGAAUUUACUUCGUCACGUGGAACGUAGCCACAAAGUUCCCGAGUCUACAACAGGACCUUCAUCAGCUUCUGGGCAUUGCACCUUACGCAGAACCCGAACAAUGGCCAGAUUUAUACUUUAUAGCGUUACAGGAAGUCAAGUCCCAGCCACAAAAUAUGGUGUUAGACUAUAUAUUAUUUGAAGAUCCCUGGACUAAAGCUUUUAGAGAUGUACUGAAGAAGUAUGAUUAUGUGAAGAUACGUUCCCAGCGGCUACAGGGUCUUGUUCUAAAUGCUUUCUGUCUGAGGAAACAUUUAACACGUUUAAGGUCCAUAGAAGCUCAAUACACUAGGACAGGUUUUGGUGGCAUGUGGGGAAACAAAGGCGCCGUGAGCAUAAGAAUGACUGCCUAUGGAGUCAGCGUUUGUAUAGUGAAUACUCAUUUAACUCCCCAUGACCACUUAUUAGCUGACAGGAUUUCGGAUUAUAACACUAUCGUGACUGACCAUACCUUUACUGUUUCAUGUACAACGAGGAUAUUAUAUCAUGACUACAUAUUUUGGAUCGGUGACUUAAAUUUUCGGCUCGACGGGGAAGACUUAACUGCCGUCGAUAUAGAUUCGAUGGUAAAGAAGAAACGUCUCGAGAAACUCCUCGAGAGAGAUCAGCUGAGGACGGUAAUGAGAGACGGUCAAGCUUUCGCCGAGCUGAGUGAGAAUACUAUCACAUUCCCACCUACUUACAAAUACGAGUUCGAGUCUCAGGCAUUUGAUCUCAAACGUAGGCCAUCCUGGACCGACAGGAUUUUGUACAAAGUAAACGCGGUAGAUAUCUACGACGACAUACAACUUCAUACAGAGCAGCAUACUUACAAGAGCCAUCCCAGCUACAGUGUUUCCGACCACAAGCCUGUAACCGGAGAUUUCGACAUCGCAGUGAGGCCUGACGUGACAGACGAUAUCGUGGAAUUUCAAGAUUGCGCCAUGGGAGAUCACUUCAUAUCCUACAAGUUGCAGAGAGACUUUACGCCGGGCAACGCGGACUGGAUAGGUCUCUUCUCCAACGAAUUCUCCAGCAUGGACGAUUACAUCGUCUACGAAUACAUUGGUCGUGGUAAAUCAACGUCUACACCUGCUGAAUCACCCGCGAGCACCGAGCGAAUAUUCUUCAGUGACACAGCGCUUCGUCUGACGGAAACGUAUUGCUUGGUCUACGUGGCUCAACGCGGCGACUUAAUGGAGAUUUUGGGCGUGAGUCCGGAAUUCUCGGGUCUUCGACAACCGAUCGACGCGGCCGCCUCGUUGUCAACGUAAAUCUUUUAUGCCCGAUGGAUUGAUUUACUUAGAAGCUUGUGUGUGAACACCAGUCCUCUCGCCGCGAAACGAUACCUUGCCUAAAAUGCCUAUGAGCAUGACACUUCUUGUUUUUUGUUUUUUUAUCUUAUUUUAGAUCACCACCUUACUGAUGACCAUAACUUUCCCUGAAAAAAUUGUGAUAAUGUUCUACAUGGCCUUUAAAUCGUAAGGUGCUUUUAUCACGGUAUAUAGUUCGUAUAAUCGAAGCAUCGAAAUACGCGAUGCUUCCUACGUGCACUUAGUUUCAAUAUGAUUUGGACAUUUUCUUCUUGAUGCAGUUUGGGACGCAGCCGGUGAGAGAGAAUUCAACUUUUAGGAAUUAAUAAAGGAAAUAAUAAAAAAAGAAGUUCUCUCAUAGGUCUUUAGCUACGUUCCAGAUUGCUUCGAGAAAAAGGUCUAAACCGUCUUGAAAUCAGUGUUGUACUGUUUAAACUGUUACUUUUGGUACCUGGUUUUACGCGCUCGAGUUGCUACUUGGGACGCGUCACGCGUAUUAAUUACAUUUUAGAAAGAAAGAGGGAGAUGAGAUGGCUUGUAGUGAGUGCACGUGUCGUAUUUUCACGCACGCGGGAUCUUCCUCGAGAUCCAUUAACGCCCGCGCUCGGUUCUAUUAUGUAGUAAAACAAAGGCAGUUGUGUUGUUCAGUUUUCCUCCUCUCAGCCCAUCCCCGAGCGUUAAUGGGUUAAUCACGACGUUACGAGUACGCUCACAUUGCCGUUCAAUAUCGCUAUUUUACUUAGCGAAAUUACUUGUUAGCAGCAGCGAAUUUGGGUUGUGGCAAGGCAGCACUUUCACGUGCCGCCGCGUAAAAAGGUCGUACUAUUUUAUUUUUAUAAACAUCGACUGAAUGGAGCCAAGUGGAACAAAACAGUUAUAUACUGUGGUUUUAAUGGGAAUAUGCAAAUAAAGGAUUAGUAUUUUUUA